AUGGCGGAAACGGUUCUCAUGAAUGUGCUUAGAGGCGACAUUGCAAGAUUACAACGUUGUACUAGUAUUGUGACUGGUGAAGAAGGAGAUCUUCCUCGUGCGAAGCCGUUAAAGGUGUACUGCUUCGAGAAAGACAUCGUGAUGUAUGCUCGGUUAAACAAACUGGAUUAUUUCUAUACAGAGUGCAUCUAUGCUCCCGACUCAUAUCGUGCAUACUCAAGAUCAUUUGUGAAGGAUCUAGAGCGAAUGAGACCCGAAUGUAUCUUGGGUUUGAUCAAAUCGGGAGAGCUUAUGAUGGUAAAAGAGGAAGUAUCUAUGCCAACGUUGACUAACUGCACUAGAUGCGGAUACAUAUCAAGCCAAAAAAUAUGUAAAGCAUGUUUGCUACUGGAGGGUUUGAAUACUGGUAACACAGAUAUAGGCGUAAAACGCAAGCCGAAAAAGGUGACAGUCGCAGUUGAUUCUAGCACGGAACAAUCAUGUGGUACGUGUAGCUGCGAAAAUAACGUAACUGCUGAAUUUUGA